CGGCCGUCUCCAGCAAGCGACAGUCGCACAGGUGAACUGACCGCCGCUGCCUGUUAGACCUUGGACUGUCGGUGAUGGCGCGGAUGGAGCGCCUCUGCCUCUACGCGGGGCUGGCGCUCUGCGUGGCCGUAUUGGCUGGCGCCCGGACUGUGGGCAAGGAGGAAGAAGCCGCCCCCGCUGACCUCGAGUCGGCCGCCUCCCACUGGGGACAUGGAGGCGGAGGAGGCGGUGGCCACGGGGGCCACGGGGGCGGCGGUGGUGGUGGCCACGGGGGCGGCGGGGGCGGCAGCGGCGGCCACGGCGGACACCACUUCGAGAAAGGUGGUGGCCACGAACACCACUCUGGCCACCACGGCGGCCACGGCCACAAGGGUGACAAGGGAUACAAGGGAUACCAUGAGCACGAGAAGGGUUCAAAGGGCCACCACGACAAGGAAGGGCACAGUGGACACUACUCUGAUCACGGAGGCAAGAAGAAGAGCCAUCACGAGGAGGGCGGUCACUACGGAGAACAUCACUACGGCGAGAAAGGCGAGAAGGGCGCCAAGUACGGGGAAGGUGGCAAGCAUUCCAAGGGUCACAGCACCAAGGGCGGCCACUCAGUGCACAAGAAGGACGAGUAUGGAAAGAAGCACGAGUUUUACGAUGAACACCACGAGGGUGGGCACCACAGCAAACACGGAGAACACGGCUCGCACCAUGAAGGAAAGAGUGGUGGACACAAGAAGGGAGGCCACUACCACGGCGGCCAUCACGAGGGCCAUCACGGCAAGAAAGGCCAUCACGAGAAGGGAGGACACCACCACGACCACAAGGGUCACAAGUCCGCUGGGGGUCAUGACUCGCACCACGGACACCACUCUGAUUAUGGGAAGAAGGGAGGUCAUUCCGAACACCACGAGUGGGGACACAGCAGUGGAGGCGGCGGUGGUGGCGGCGGCGGUGGCCACGGAGGCGGCGGUGGCGGACACGGAGGCGGAGGACACGGAGGCGGAGGUGGUGGUGGUCACGGUGGACACGGAGGCGGCGGCGGUGGCGGACAUGGCGGACACGGCGGAGGAGGCGGCGGUGGACACGGUGGACACGGAGGCGGCGGCGGUGGCGGACACGGCGGACACGGCGGAGGAGGCGGCGGUGGACACGGUGGACACGGAGGCGGCGGCGGUGGCGGACAUGGCGGACACGGAGGCGGCGGUGGAGGACACGGAGGAUGGGGACACGGAGGCGGCGGCGGUGGACACGGAGGCGGCGGCGGCGGCCACGGUGGACACGGAGGCGGCGGUGGCGGACACGGAGGAUGGGGACACGGAGGCGGCGGUGGUGGACACGGAGGCGGCGGAGGCGGACAUGGAGGAUGGGGACAUGGAGGCGGCGGACACGGAGGCGGCGGCGGCGGACAUGGAGGCGGCGGCCAUGGUGGUUGGGGACACGGAGGUGGUGGCCAUGGAGGUGGAGGAGGUGGACAUGGGCACGGGUGGUGA